UAAUUGACAGUUUUGUAAAUUGUUCAAGUAGAAACACUAAUUCCAUGUAUAUAGUUACUAUUAUUUACAAAUAUUUUCCUAAAUAAAAUAAAUUGGCCAUGAAAAGGAUCGUUAAGAUAUGUCUCAUCAUUAAAUCAGUACAGCGUUGUAUUAAAUAGUAGUUUGCUGCUUCAAUUUAUUAAGAUUUUUAAGGUGAAAGUGCUGUUUGAUAUUACGAUGUCGCGGAGUUGCGUGUGAAUGAAAAAUGUUACUGUUUUUUCAUUUGUGUUCCCUUAAUGGUAGAUUUAACAUUUUUACUAGUACUGAAAAUCUAGUAUCUAACAUGUGGUAUGCGGCUUUAGUGAGGUUCAUUCGAAGAAGAUUAGUAUUGGGCAUAAUAUUUGCGUCUUCGUUGACCUACUGCAUUGUCAGUUUUUUACGAGAGGGCAACAACAGACAUAUGAUGUAUCAGGAUAUAUCAAUAGAAAGAAAACCAUUUGUUUGGAGAACUUUGCAAGAACAUAAUGAUACAAAUGACCAUUUAAUAUGUAGAAAUUCUGUACAAGGAAAACAGUUAUUGGUCGAUGAUAGAGGUUAUGUCUGCCAAAGAACUGAUGUUUUGAAGAAUGGUUGCUGUGAUACAGAUGCUGAUGCCACAGUCAGAUAUAGUUGUCACAGUUGUAGAGAUAACAACUGUUGUAUUAUUUAUGAAUACUGUGUGUCCUGUUGUUUAGACCCUGGAAAGAGAGACAUGCUAGAAUUGGUGUUGUCAAAACUCUCUGCUGAGGAGAAUGUAUUAUUUCGUUCCCUGACAGAUGACUACGAACUUUGUCUAACAAAGUGUCGUACUAGUUCCCAUAGUGUACUCCAUGAGAAUUCCUAUAAAGACCCUGCACACAAACAUUGUUUUGGUGAUGAACCUCCAAGAACUAGAACACCAGAUUAGCAAUAAGUAACCAUUAUUUAGGCUAGUAUGGACUAAGUCCGCUAUAAAAUUUAUAAGGUAGCUUAAGUAGAUUGUAAUAUAAGUACUUAAUACAAGCAGUGUCUUAAAAUUGACAUUUUGUUCUAAGAAAAGAACUCCCUUUAAUUUGGACAAAAUUAUUGAUGGACCAACACAUGUCUAAAAUAUUUCGAUUGACGAAUAAUGAAAUCACAAUUGGAGAAAUUAUACCAUUUAUAAUAUAUAUAAACACAAAAUUGAGAAGGUCCUCUAAAGUAGCACAAGAUCCCAUUAUGUGUGGUGUGUGUAUUUAUAUAUAU